CUGCCUGCAAGCGAAUCGUUCAAAUUGAAAUGAAAUGUGGUAAAUUCGGACUUUAAAGUGUAUUCAAUAUUAAUAAACAAACUAAUUUCUGAAUUAAAUCAGAGUGAUGUAGCUCUGGUUUCCAUUAUUUUCUGCAUCUGUUCGGUUUAAAACACGUGCUGGUAUACUGUUUAUUAUAUUUUAUGUAGCAAAGCGAUGACUUCAUCAAUGAAUGGAAGAGACGACAGCAAAGUUAAGGGUCCAAAUUAUACCUUGAAAUUCACUCUAGCUGGUCAUGCAAAAGCCAUUUCUUCUGUGAAGUUUAGCCCAAGUGGAGAAUGGUUAGCUAGCUCAUCUGCCGAUAAGUUAAUAAAAUUGUGGUGUGUUGCUGAUGGAAAAUUUGAGAAAACAAUUCCAGGACAUAAGCUAGGUAUAUCAGAUGUUGCUUGGUCUACUGACAGUCGUUUGUUAGUCAGCGCAUCAGAUGACAAAACGCUGAAAAUCUGGGAAGUUUCUUCUGGCAAAUGUGUAAAGACUUUGAAAGGACACAGUAACUAUGUAUUUUGCUGUAAUUUCAAUCCCCAGUCAAAUCUUGUUGUAUCUGGUUCGUUUGAUGAAAGUGUCCGCAUAUGGGAUGUUAAGACUGGAAAAUGUCUGAAAACACUUCCUGCUCAUUCUGAUCCUGUUUCUGCAGUACAUUUUAACCGAGAUGGAUCUCUGAUCGUUUCUAGCAGCUAUGAUGGUUUAUGUCGAAUAUGGGAUACUGCAUCAGGACAGUGCCUAAAAACACUUAUUGAUGAUGACAACCCACCAGUUUCGUUUGUCAAAUUUUCUCCCAAUGGAAAAUAUAUAUUGGCUGCCACAUUAGACAACACAUUAAAGUUAUGGGAUUACAGUAAGGGCAAGUGCUUGAAGACAUAUCAAGGUCAUAAAAAUGAGAAAUAUUGCAUUUUUGCAAAUUUUUCUGUCACUGGUGGAAAGUGGAUUGUAUCUGGAUCUGAAGACCAUAUGGUGUACAUUUGGAAUUUACAGACCAAAGAAAUAGUUCAGAAGUUAGAAGGCCAUACAGAUGUGGUUCUGUGCACAGCUUGUCAUCCAACAGAGAACGUCAUAGCAUCCGCUGCACUGGAGAACGAUAAAACCAUCAAGAUCUGGAAAAGUGAUUCUUGAUUUCUUAGAACCAAAAGACGGUUUUGUCAUUAAAUCGGCCAUUGGGCAUCAUGUAAAAAUACUUGAUCAUUAUCUGUUGUCUUUUUAAUUUUUUCAUUAAACUGUAAUUACAUUUCCAAUCUUAUUUUCCUCAAUUACUUCUUCUCUGCAUUUAUUUUUUCAAUAUGUAUUUCUACAAAUAUUUUUCGCCUUAAUAAAUUGAACAUAAUGUACAGCAAUGAUAUAAUUUGUUUU